GUAAAGAGCUAAAGGCUAAAGAAAACGAAUGUGCUAAUUUAAGAAACCAACUGAAUGAGAUGAAAAAUGUCAUUAAGGAAACAGAGACUCAAUUAAUAGAAAACGAAAAGCGUGCAAAAAUCGUUUUAGAGCAAAAAAUUAAGGAAAAGUAUGACGAAUUGAAAAUUAUAAAAAGUCAAAAGGAGUUUGAGGAAGAACAGAACGCUAAACUUGAGGCAAAAACGCAAAAUUUAGAAAAUCAACUCUCACUCUAUUCCACGUGUUGCAAGACAGAAAGUUGUCAAACUUUUGGCAACUCCACGAAUGCAAAUAUAAUUCGAAUUCCAGACAGUGAACCGAUGAAAGUGUCAUGCAAUGACGUUAUUGCUGAACCUGGUUGGUUAGUGUUUCAGCGACGCAUCGAUGGACACGAGGAUUUCAAUCGGAAUUGGACGGAUUAUCAAAUGGGUUUCGGUAACGUGGAAGAGGAAUUCUUUCUGGGAUUAGAGAAAUUGCAUCAAAUAACAAAAUCCGAGUCACAUGAACUCUAUAUUCAGCUCGAAGAUUAUGCGAAUGAGAAAAGCUGUGCUCACUACGAUCAAUUUGAAAUUGGCGGCGCCGAUGAGAAUUAUGUGUUGAAAUCGAUUGGCACUUACUCUGGCACAGCUGGCAACAGUCUGCAGGAGAACAUUGAGCAACAGUUUAGCACCUAUGAUCGUGACAAUGACUCCGACGAGAUUAACUGUGCCAAACUACUUUCUGGCGGCUGGUGGUAUUCUAAUUGUGGAUUCAGCAAUUUGAAUGGAAAAUACGCAAAGGAUAUCUUUUGGGACGAAUGGCGUGGCUAUGAGUACUCAUUGAAGUCUGUCAUAAUGAUGAUACGUCCUAAAAACAAUCAUCAUUAAUAAUUAAAAAAUUGUACUCAGGAAUGAUUCUAAGAAAAACUGCCACUAUAUUUAAUUAUUAAUAAAUGCUUUACUUUCGAUGAC